GAGAACAGAACCUACAAGUUAUCUAACUUGGCAGGCUGAUUUUCUGUUAAACUGCAAUUCUUUGCGUUUUCAGACGGAAAAAAUUGUAGAUUAGUCGAAUUUAGCGAAUUAAUCGAAUCAAUCAUAAGGCACGAUCUUAUUAUAUAAGAAAUCACAUUGCCGCGGGUGCAUCAAAAUUAGGGAGCCAAAAUGUUGUCCAUGAACUUGAUUAAAAGAGGUAUCUUUGCCCCCAAUUUGCGCUUUUUGGCAACAACGAAUGUCACCUCGAAUAACAGCAACAGGCGUCCUCGUCCUGAACAUCCAUCUCCAGUGAGGCAUGGAUUUAUUCCAGAAGAAUGGUUUACUUUCUUCUAUCCUAAAACUGGAGUAACAGGUCCAUACGUAUUCGGAGGAGCUCUUUCAACAUACUUGAUUUCGAAAGAAAUUUACGUAUUAGAACACGAAUUUUACAGUGGAUUAUCACUCGCCGCAGUACUGAUCGUUUUAGUUAAGAAACUUGGUCCCGGCGUAGCUGCAUAUUUAGAUAAAGGUAUUGAUGAAUACGAGAAGGGAUGGGAGUCGUCAAGAACCGAUCAAAUCAAGAGUUUGGAGACAGCAGUUGAACACGAGAAGAAAGAACAAUGGCGAACAGACGGACAGAAGAUGAUUAUGGAAAUCAAAAAGGAAAACAUCCAUAUGCAAUUGGAGGCAGCAUACAGAGAACGUCUCAGCCAUGUGUAUCAAGAAGUCAAGAAACGCUUAGACUAUCAAGUUCAUUUGCAAGACAUUGAGAGGAAAUUAGCUCAAAAGCACAUGGCUACAUGGAUCGUUGAUAAUGUUAAGAAAUCAUUCACUCCUGAACAAGAACAAAUCGUUCUCAACCGAUGCAUUAGCGAUUUACAAAGUUUAGUACAGAAGGCUUGAAUUCAUGGUAAAUUAGAUGCCAUUUAAUUACUAUUUAAAUGAUUAUAUGUUUAUUUGUCUCAAUAUAAUUGUUGAAGAAUGGCAUUCAAAUUCUAGAAAUUGAAAUAAAAGAAACUCAAACGUAAAUAAA